AUGCUGGACUUUAUGGACUAUAUCCAGCUCUCCUUCGCCGAGGCGACUCAUUGGAAUCGGGACAACUCCUACUCAUCACUCACCACUACCACUCAAUCGAUUCUGGAUUUCUCAACACCUGAACGAUUACGUGUUCACCUUUCAUCGCUCUCCACUCCCCAUUUUGCGACCAGUUACACCCUCGGCACUGUCGGAUUGAUCGAUGGAUCUGUAUCAUAUCUCUUCAGCACUGUGCCAUUCAACAAACUACCUAGUAGCAGUGCAUUGAUCCCGCUCCGAAAGAUCUCCCUUGGAUAUCGACAAGUACAAGCUCCCACAGCCCCCAUACAGACUUGGGGUUGGGAUUCGCUGCUAGACAGCGUGAGCAUUCCCGGAUUCAAAGAUGGAAAGGAUACAAAAUCAACAACCCCCGAAGACAGGGAGGCUAAUAAAGAAGAUGAGGCAAAGCGCAAAGCAACCCUUCUUCAUGCCUCCCUCCAUCUUCCACCCCCUACCACGCUCUACGCGCUCUUCCUGCGCAGGAUCUCUACCAAUAUGCAGCUGUCACUAGCAGUCUGCUCGACCCAGGGACCACCGCAGUCCAAGUCUGCGCCUCAAGCCUCAAUGCUGGCUCAUCUAGCCCACGACACGGGCAAGUACAGCAACGAGUAUCUCUUCAGCACAGACAAUGCUCUGUUCGGCUGGCGCGGACUCUGGAACUUUGGCCCAGACCCUCGAUACACUCGUGAUGUGCCAUCACGAUUAUCCCUCCUCUCCGCAGGCGCAGAGGCAUACUACUCCCCCACUUCAUCACUGAUCGGCAUGUCCACGGGCCUGCGAUUCACCACACUACCAGCAGCGACACAAGUUCCCUCACCGCGCUGCUCCCCCACCAGCACACCAACACCCAUCUCCACUUUCCCCUACACCCUAACACUAACCCUGACCCCAAUAACGGGCUCCCUUUCAACAAGCUAUUCCCUCCGCGCCUCACCCAAUCUCGCCUUCAGCUCCCGCUUCGGCUUCAACGUCUACAGCUGGGAAAGCGAAAUGGUCGCAGGUUGCGAGCUCUGGCGCCAGUCUAAGAAGUCAAAGUCCGAGCACGACGAUCUCGAAUGGGCCCGCCGCAAAGUGCGCAUGCACGACUUCGGCGUUUCCCUACCUGGCUCACCGGCCUCCCCACUACUAGAGGACCCGACUCGUUCCGAGCCCCCUAUGCGCUCUGCGACAAAUAAUGAGCCGGAGACCAGCGAUUCCGUCAUUAAGUUGCGUGUUGAUCAGUCUUGGAACGUACGACUUCUCUGGGAAGGUCGGGUCAAGGAGCUCCUGGUGAGUGCGGGCGUCGGGCUGGGCCCUGGCUCGUUCUCGCAGUCGCCUUCUGUCUCGUCGGCCUCGGGCAGCGGCUCGGCCCAGAGUGGAGGCGGGGCUCCUGGGAUGUCGUACUGGCGCGGGGUUGGAGUGUCCGUCUUGUAUUCCUCAUAG